AACACACUUAACCCGCCAAACCCCGUGAUCAAAAUAAACUCGUCUCAGUCUGAACCGCGAACCGGAUCAACCAAUCUAGGGUUUCUCUCCCAAUUCCGCCCAAAAUUGAAGGCAUGGAAACCCCAAACCCCACCACCAGCACCACCGUGGACGACGCCGAGGCGAACAUCGGCUUCUCAAUCCUGAUGCGCUUCUCUGACAGCCGUCGCGAAAUCGACCUCGAAAUCCGCAAGCUCAUAGCCGUCAUGUGCCAGGUAUUCCGAGACCACAAGGCUCCUCCGACGCCGCUGGCCUACUUGGGCGCCACGUGCUCCUCUCUCGACCUGAUCGCCGCUUCGAAGCCCCGACCUUCCGAAGACGUGCUCCACGCCCACAUCACAAUUCUGUCCAUCGUCAUCCCCAAAGUCCCGCCAGCAUUUCUCAUCAACAAUCUCCAGUUGGUCUGCAAUUCCUUAGCCCCAGCUCUCCGUUCUUCAUCUCCAAGAGCAAGCUUCGACAGUGCCGCCUGCACAGGAGUUAAAUGCAUAGCUCAGUUGCUCAUUAGCAGCGCUAACUGCGUCAACAACUGGUCACAAGUUUCGAAACCCUUCAGGUCCUUGUUCAGCUUCGCUUAUGUCGUCUCCAGCAUCGAGCUAAGAGAACAAGCAGGUUUGUGUGUUCACGACACACUGCAAAGUUUUCGAGGAACUCCCCUGUUUGGCCCUGCAAGUAAAACCAUUACUGACUUGUUAAUGAAAAAGUAUCUUCCGCCACGUGCGGAAUCAAAUACUGAUGGAGUUAAUAGAAUCGAGCAACUCAAGCCCAUACAUACUUUGAAUCUUGUGAUGCUAUGCCUUGGCGCUAUGUCAACCGAGGACAGAACUGCUGUGCUCGUCUACUUUAAGGAUCUCUUAGAACUGCACCUUACCUAUGUUACAACACUCAUCACAGAUGCUCUGUACAGACUCUGCCUCCAUCCAUCAUCACCAGAUGUUGACCUCGAAUUGUUGCUCGAUCUAAUAUGCUCAAUAUGUCUUUCUGUCUCCCAACACAAGACGAAUUUCAUCAUGAAAACUAUAGCUGGUUUGCUCAAUUUUGGAGUGCCUAAAGUCUAUUCCCUGAACAAGCAAAUCUGCAAAAUUAAACUCCCUAUUAUGUUUGAUGCACUCAUUGUUUUACUCGAACAGUCUGACUUAUGGAACGUCCAAGAUGCAGCAAACGCUCUUAUGCGUCUUGUUGCUUAUAUUGAUGAAGGCAUGAUUAAACAGGGAGUUGACCGUGCUCUGAUGAAUGCAAAUAUGGAUGAUGGAAGCCAGUCUGAGCCAACUCUAAUUGAAAAAUUGUGUGCUACUUUUCCAAAGUUACUUUCUUAUCGCUGCACUAAUAUCCGGCACCUUGUUUUUGAAAUAGUCUCAACAAUGUUCAAUAAAUUAGGAGUACACUCUUCUUAUUUGAUGAGGGGUACAGUCAAGACCUUGGCAGACAUGCAGAUUUUGCCUGAUAGAGAAUUCCCUUUCAAGGAAGAGGUUAAGCUUCUUCUAGAAAUGGUUAGUGAGAAAUGUGGGCUUGAUGCUAUUUCGGCCAUUAUCCCUCAAGAACACAUGGAACUGCUUGCAGAGAUCAAUCAACAACUGGGUUCUAAAUCUGUGGAUGCGAGUUCUCAUGUAUCCAAAGCAACUACAUCUGGGAAUAACUUAUCUCAGUCCAACUAUAUGGACAAUUAUCGUCGAUACUACAAUAUGAAACGGAAAUUGGCUGGUAAAGAGAGUUUGUCUGAUCGCCAGUGGAGAGCAGUUUUGGAUAGGCAGGCUAGGAGAGAUGCCAAGCAGGCUAUCAGUAAAGGGAUAUUAGGUGCAGCCAGGAUGGCAAAGAAGCUUAAACUCUAACUAGAUUAGAGCUUAAACUAGUUCGUACUUACCUAAUUAGUUUGUUAACUUGCUUACGAAAUAUAUAUUAUAUCAUUCAGUCAGUUAUUUCUGUUAAAUUGUUGGUACUGUAUGGCUCCCCUACAUUGUUCUGGUUAUGUUGUUAUUGGGGCUCCAUUUAUGGGCUAAUAUCUAUUAUACUCCGACUGAAAAAUUGUGUGCCACACUAUGGUGGUCUGUGACUGCUGUUUGGUUCUGAUAUUGCUUUAUAUCAGCUUUAUAUAUUAUGGUUUUCAAUA